AAGACCCCCCAAGGAACAGGCCCCCCAAGUCCCCCCAUGGAGCAGGAGGAGCCUGAGGUGGUGGAGCUGCAGGACUCGGACGAGGGGGACGAGGGGGACGUGGUCAGGAGGGUCUUCAUCGCCGAUGACGGGAUCGUGAGUGAGGAUGAGGAGGAGGAAAUUCUGCCGCAGGAGAUCAUCCAGACUGUGAUCCCCCACAGCCCCCUGUGCCCCCCCGCCCCGCGGGCACCCCCGGGCCCCUCCCAGGGCGGGUCCGAGGAAGGGGGGGGGCGCCGCGGGGGGGGUCGGCAACGCCCCUUUAUCUGCAACGAGUGCGGGAAGAGCUUCAGCCACUGGUCGAAGCUGCUGCGGCACCAGCGAACCCACACGGGGGAGCGGCCGAGCACCUGCGGGGAGUGCGGGAAGAGCUUCUCCCAGAACUCCCACCUGGUGCAGCACCGCCGCACCCACACCGGGGAAAAGCCCUACAGGUGCGGCCACUGCGGGAAGAGCUUCUCCUGGAGCUCCAACCUCAUCCAGCACCAGCGGAUCCACACCGGGGAACGGCCCUACGGCUGCUCCGACUGCGGGAAGAGCUUCACGCAGAGCAAGAACCUCAUCAAGCACCAGCGAACCCACGCGGGGGGGGGCGCGGCCACGGAGAGCCCCCCAGUACCCUGGGAAGCCCCCCAGGGCGAGGGGGGAGUCCUCGGGGGUGGAGGGGGCAGAGGAGGGGGCUGGAGAGCCCCUGAUCUGUGUGGAGUGCGGGGAGAGCUUCGCCCGGAGUGCGGCACUGAGGAAGCACCGGAGGGGGCACCUCCCGCUCUUCGGGCCCUGAGGGGACACGGGGACACCAUGGAGGGGACACACGGACAGUGGGACACACAAUGUGACACGGUGUCCCCAAAUUCCUCCGUGUUCCCGUGUCACCUCAGUGCCCCCAGGACCCCCCAGUGCUCCCAAUGUCCCCGUCGGUGCCAGAACCCAAAGCUGUAAAUAGGGGGGGGAGGGGACACACACACACAAUGUGGGACCCCCGGGGGGGAGUGGUGACAUCGGGACCCCCCUGUGGGGGAGGGGAGGGGAGGGGGGGGCCAGGGCUGUGAAUAAAGUUGUGU